AUGAUCCUUUUCAGUGUGCUGACCGGGAGAGGGAUCGCUCGAGCAGGCGAAGCAAGUCUGAGGGACCUCCAAACCCCCACUCGCCCCCCCCUCAGCAUCGGGUUCUGCGCAGUGAUUCCGACCCGUCCCAGUUCGCACAGGACUUGUGCUCCUCAGCGUGGAGGUGCUCCGAUCCAGAACUGCCAAGCCACCCGAUCCCGAUCAAGCGCUUUCAUUGAAUUCAUAGGCUUCCUCUUCUUUUCACCUAUCCUGGAGAUGUGGUCCAUCCAUAUGAAACUAGAUCUUCCCCGAGGAGGCGUCCGGUAG